CGCAGCCAAAAAUAAAUAAAAUUAAAAAUAAAUUUAAUAAGAAAAAAGGAAGCAGCCACAAAAGCUUCUUAGGACAAUUGGGAAACUUAAAUACAGACUUGAUAUUAGAUGAUGCCCUUAAAGUUAUCACUGAUUUUCUUAGGUGUGAAAAUGACAGUCUGUGUGAGAGACGGUCCAUCUUCUUUGAAGACGCUGCAAAGCAUCUAGAAGGGGUGUUCUAAGGUCCGCAGAAGGUACAGGCAGAGAGAGCGUGUGGAUGACAGACACCAAUGUAAACACCGGUCAACCCGCUGGAGCUCCCGGGGGUAUUCAUUUCACCUUUCUUUUAACUUUUCUCUGAGGUUUGAAGUUUUCAUAAUAAAAAGUUUUGAGGGGAAAAUUUUUUUAAUGGGAAAUAGGUCUUCCCACAAAAGGUUGGGAAUUCACUGUGAAGAAGCCGCUUUGAAGUGGGUUUUUUCCUUCUUUGAAGUGGGUUUUGCUAAAGUCCCGGUCUCUAGCAUUUCUGAGAAAUUAGUACAAAUCAAAGCCAUGUAGGAAAUUCAGCACAUCUGAGUCGUAUAUGUAAAUUGGCAUCAUGAAAAUCAGGGCUUUCACUGCAUUUCUAAGAAAUGUCCUUUUUUGGACUCUUGCUUUUGUCUUGCCUCUGGAACUCUCUCAGAGAAGACUCAGCCACGUGGCCUCACGGGGGGCAGCGGACACCAGGCCCCAGGGAGGCGCACACAAGGUCUGGGGGCAGGGAGCUCUGGGCCCAAACCUCACAGGCACAUGCGGACAGUGGAGCAGUCCCACCGGAACGUUCAUUUGGCCAAGUAACUCCACUUAAGGAAUUCAAGCCAUUGCAUGAGACACGGAGAAGCCCCACAGGGCCUGCGGCUGGGGGUGGCCAUGGAGCCCUGCCCCGAAGAGCAGUACUGGGACCCGCUGCUGAACACCUGUGUCUCCUGCAAAGCCAUCUGCAGCAAUCAGAGUCCACGCACCUGUGCAGCCUUCUGCAAGUCACUCAGCUGCCGCAAAGAGCAAGGCAGGUACUAUGACCAGCUCCUGGGGGACUGUAUCAGCUGUGCCUCCAUCUGUGGACGUCACCCCAAGCAAUGCACACACUUCUGUGAGAACAAGUUCAGGAGUCAAGUGAACCUCCCACCAGCGGUCAGGAGACAGCGGACCGGAGAGGCCUCGACCCGGGCAGACAACCUAGGGAGGUACCAGGGAUCAGAGCACAGAGGCUCGGAUGUGGGUCCAGCGCCCCCAGCGCUAAAGCUGAGCGCCGGGCAGCUGGCCCUGGUCUACAGCGCGCUGGGGCUCUGCCUCUGCGCCAUCAUCUGUUGCCUGCUGCUGGCCGUGGCCUGUUUCCUGAGGAGGAGGGGGGACCAGGUCUCCUGCCAGCCCCGCGCAGCGCCAUGUCGGAUGCGGGCCAAGUCCUCCAAGGCAGAUCACUGGAUGGAAGCCGGCAGCGCUGCAGAGGCAACGCCCGAGCCGACGGAGACGUGCAGCUUCUGCUUCGCGGAGUGCAGGGCGCCUGAGCGUGCCGGGAGGUGGGCGCGCCACGGCCAGAGCGCAGCCGGACAGCCCUGCGUGCGCGCCCCAAACGGUGGCCUCUGCGGCAUUGAGGUCGUGUGCACGCCCGCCCAAGAAGGAGGCCUGGCCACAUGAACCUGGGGGGCUGGGGGAAAUGGUGAUGGGAGAGAGAAAUGACGGUGGGGGAGACUGGGGAGAGAGGAACAGAGCAAGGGGAAAGGACAGGGAAGGGGGAGGGGAGUGGAGGAACAGCUGGCAGAAGGGCCAGGGCCACCGUAUUGACCCCAGGUCUCCACUGUAGGUCACCGGCACCUAAACGCACCUGCGGUAAAAGCACCCACACCUGCUGGACCCAGCCCCGGGGACCCUUUGCAGAAAUAAAACCUCCCACACUGCCCACUCCUCACUGUGGCUGGUUUGGGUCGCGUCUCCCCGUGGUGACUGCCCCAUCCCACCUCUCCCGCUGCCCCUGGGCUCCAGGCAUGGUUUCCAAGGAUCUGAGCGAGUGUGUGGACCGAGAAGCAAGCUCUGCUGUCCCCUGUCACCUAAGAGGAGAAAGCAGCCGGCUGAUGGUGGGCCCACCAUCAGGGUUGGGCCCGCCUGCGUUGAUCUCGGAAAACCAAUCUCCUCCCGUGUCUCCUCAGAAAGGCGUGAAGCAGUGUGACUGUGUGUGCGCGUGUACAGUCACGUGUGUGCACGCAUAUGCUGCUCCCACGUGUGUCACGGGGCGCGGGGUGGACAGAGGGCAGGCGGGCUGAGCCCGGGCGUCAGGCUGCUCUCAGACCCCGGACCACGUCCCUGCAUCACCUCAGGAGUGCUCUCAUUUGGACACCAACCUGCUACUGUUUAGUACUUUUCUUUACAUCAACCUACCUUUCCUUCCAGACCUACACGCUAAAUUUUUCGGAUUCUGACCGGUAACACUGUAUCUGAGCAUUCACAAUUUGUUUUCUUGGCUACACCACAUGGCUUGUGGAAUCUUAGCUCCCUGACCAGGGAUUGAACCUGCACCCCCUGCAAUGGAAGCGCAGUCUUGGCCACUGGACCGCCAGGGAAGUCCCACAUUCACAAAUUUUUGAUACUACAUAUAUUUUAUACCUGUAUUUGCAGUGAAACCUACACGUUAGGAGCAUUUAAACCUGAAAAUACAUAACUGCUGUAGCAGCAGCUACACAGAUGAACACAAAAUUAUGCAAAUCAUUCAUCUGGAAACCACCUGGCGCACCUACGUGCACCAAAGGUUCACACAACACACUCUGGGAGGUGUAGACAAGAAGCCUGAGGCUCCAUCCUUCCCUCAUCCACUGGCUAACGGGCCCUGUCACCUUCUCAGGCUGCUGGACAAAGCCCCACACGCUGGGCGGCUUCAACACUGGAACCUCCUGUCCCCCGCCUGGAGGCCGGAGCCCACCCAGGUGUCACAAGGCUGGUCCUGCUGCGGCCGUGACGGGAGAACUGCCCCGGCCUCGCCCCCACGGCUGCAGAUGGCCGUCUUCCCUUGAUGCGUGUCUGUCUGUCCAAAUCUUCCCUUUUUAUAAGGACACUGCUCACCCUAAUGACCUCAUUUUCACUUGAUCAUGUCUGUAAAUCUCCAGAUAGGGUCAUGCUUAAAGGUUCUCGGGGUUAGGACCUCAACCCAUGAAUCUGGGGGCACACAUUCAGCCCAGAACACAGGUCCUCCCAAGUCCAGUCUCGCUUCAACGCGGUCUGAAACCAAGUUAGCUUCUCACAAGCACCCGCCCAAGACAAGCGUCUGACCCGGUGUUCAGUGGGCCCAAGGCGGCAAUGGGGACAUCUUGGUGCGGUGUCCACCGGUCACCAAGCCCACGGCAGCAUCUCUUGGCAGCACGGACCCUGUACCUGGGGUAGCUGCCUGCCAGACCCUGGCGACGUCCCAGCACAUCUCUGAGCUGCACGUACGCGCUUGGGAUGCAAAGCCUCGUCCGAAACGUGUGCAGACUCCUCCAGCUGUUUUCAAAUUCUGCUCAUCUGAGCCCAAGGGGCCCUGGGGGAUGCUUCUGGACCGUGCGGGGAGUGAAGGCUGCCGAAAACACAGGGAAAUGUGUGCCUGACUACGGCUUUCCACAAAAAUAACCUCUGGGUUGUGUCAGUUUUUCAAUUGGUCUUUAGUGUAAGUUGACGUGGCAGGUUUUGUUUUGUUUUUUUAAAGACCAGGAUCCUCUGUUGCAAAGAAAAUCUGAAACUCUAAAUACCAUCCACUUUACCCACGUUCUGUGUUCUGCUGGUCCUACUUCCAAAAUACACUGAUUCCCGCCACCUGCCACAGCCCCCGCGACGCCAGCCCCGAAUCCGCCCUGUGCACCCUGCCCAGGGCUCAGCAAGCUCCUCUGAAAAGGACCAGAUGGCAGAGACUCUCGGCGACGACUCAGCGCUCACCCAGCCCUGCCGCGCUUGUGCCCAGGCAGCCAGCGCCAGGGGAGGCGGCGGGUCGGACUGGGCUCCGCCGACGCGGCUCAGACCGGGCACCACAGCUCGCCCUCCCCGCCCUGCUGCUCCGCAGCUCGGGCCUUUACCUCCAGCUUUACUGAGACAUAAAUGACACGUAACUUUGUGUGAGUUGCCAGGUGAUGCAUCUGUACAUUGUAAUACGCUCCCCACGUGGCAUCAGGAACCCCUCCACUCCAGCCCACCGUCACCCGUGUGGUGAGAACGUGUAAGAUCUACUCUCUCUGCAACUCUCAAGCACAGGACACGGUAUCAGGACGUGUCAGUCUCACCCCUGGGAGUCUGUGCCCUUUGGCCAGCAUCUCCCCCUUUCCCACCCCCUGGCAACCACAGUCUACUGUUUCUCUAGACACUGGCCUCUUUGUGUCUCUCUACGGUUUUCUGAAGAGCUGUCUGCGAACAACAUCGCCUCACUCCCGCCCCGUCUUCGGUGCUGCUGUCCUGGAAGCCCACGAUCCGUCACUACUGUUUUUGCUUUAGAAACUCAGUAGCGUAUGGAAUGAUUA